AUGUUUAUCAAUAAUAAUUGCACAGGUAUUAUCACAGAUAAUGAAGUUAACACCAACUGUGAUAAUUUUGAAGAGUCUGUUUGCCACAAACAAAUAUCAAAUGACUUCCCUAAAGAUCAUUUAUUACAAUCAGAUGAUUUUAUCAUAGAUAUUUUGAGGAAUACAAUGAAUGUAAAUGAAUCACAUCUUACGGCUGCUAUUAAUUACUACCGAUCUUGUAUCACAAACUCUAAGGAGGAAACAUCGUCAAGAAAAGAGAAAAUUGUCCAAUUAAUCUCAUCUCUUUUCAACGGAUGGUCAUCGCCACUGUAUUCUGAUAAGAUCUCCUUCAAUAUUAGCAACAAUAUAUCUGAUAAUAAAUUGUUCAAUCUUACCAAUUUAAUUUUACCACUGAUAUUUCAAAAUGGAAAAGCAACUAUAUUUUCUCUAAAUGUAGUUCAAAGUAGAAACAAAAGUAUAAAUCCAUAUAUUUAUUUGGUUAACAAUGAAGAAGGAACAGAAGAACAGAUUUUCAAGUUACUGGAGAAUUUUGAAUUGGUGGAAAAUAAGGAAGAAUUGGCAAAAGGUGUUUUCAAUUUGUAUUCAGACAUUAAAAAUGUACUUGAAAUAUUUGAUGAAUUAAAGAUCACUUUGAUUCAAUUAUUAUCAUCGAGUUCAUGGUUCAAUGAAAACAAAAAAGGCACUAUUGAUCAGGUUAAAAAUAUUAGUUUAUCGAUAAUUUCAUCGGAAUCAUUGAAUGUGAAAGAGAGAGAGAGCGAAGAUUUUAUAUUCAAUGUAAGUUUUAAAACCAAUGUAUUCCCAUUAAUUAUUAUUAUUAUUCUCUAA